AUGUUCGAUUUCGUAAACACCGCGUCGGGGACGUCGUUCACGGUACUCAAGUGCACCAAACUCUUCAACUUUGACAAGUUUGCGACCGUGCGCCAAGAACUCAGUAAAGACAUUGUCGAAAACGCCAAAAAUGCAUCACGGAAACGCGUCUUCAGCGAACGAAACAACAACGUCUACUAUGAGCAGGACUCGUCCGAAGCAGACCAGAUCAAGACCGUCAACUGUGAGUGGCACGUGCUACAGUCAGGGGAAUAUGAGAUACACACGGUGGAAAUCUCCAUGAGUGGUCAUGUAUCCAAGGUCAUUAUUGUCAACGGUCCUGACAGAAAGGACGACUUCGAGACGCACGCUUUGAUUCUCAUGAGAAUGCAAAACACAUUCUUUGACAUUAGCGGAGUGAUAAAGGCAUGGAUGACAGAGAAAUUCGAGGUCACGAUAGGCGACUUGGAGCUGAAGCACGAUUUUCUCAAGUCCGAAUUCGACAGAGAGGUGCCCUAUACCGCUCACCUGAAGAUCCAGGUUAAGGAUCUGGGAGGACUAUUGAAGUACCUAACUCUUGGAAUUCAUUACGACGACUUGGAAGCAUUCGCCACCCACAAGGACGGAUUAUACGCUGGAGUCACAGAGUUUCUUUAUGAAUCCACGGGUAUGAAGGUUUCAACAAGUGAUCAGUUCGAGCUAGUGUCUCUACUAACGAACCAAAUGGUCAUGGACAAAAGAGGCAAAGUCAAGAUCAUCAAAACCGGUCUACCAUCUCAUGAUGAGCUAUUCUGGAUCGAGAGUCUUCUGAUUCGACUCACUAACUACGCCAGAAGUUGUUGA